GCAGCGUACGCCGGCGGGGGGACGUCAACGGUGGAGUACGCGUCCAUUCAGGGAAAAAAAAGGUCUGACAGAGACCGUUACUGGGGCUUAUACAUGGAGAGCUGAAACUGAAUAUGAGUUUAACGUCUUUAAUGAUGUGCAUAUCUUCGGCCCUGCUAGUUAUUUUCUAUGUAUAUAUUGGAUUGUGUCAAGCUGCACCCCGCAUCAGUCUCUACGAUGCGUCGCCUCUCUCCAGGAAGCCCGGCUCAGCCUCCGACACCUGGGAGACCUUCCACACCGACAUGCCUCGUACUUUACCCGAGAAGAGGCUCGCUCUCGGGCCUUUAGACGGACUAACACGGUCGCCUGCCAUUGUUUCUACCGGCCUCACCACCACCAAUAGCCCUAUCUCUAAAACUGCGACCACCUUCCAGCCUCCAACGACGGACCCUACUACCACCACCACCACCACUACUACUACCACCUCCACCUCCUCUCCUCUCACUGGAAUCAUUUCAGCCACUAAAGAACAAAUUACAGAGCCCGUGUAUAGAUUAACCGGCGCCCGCAAACGAUCCACCGAUGCACAAACAUCACUUUUCGGUCCGGAGAAAGCGCUGCAGACCAUGGUGUCUAUGGUUUCACAACGCUCAGCAAACGACGCCUGGUCUGCGGAUAAUACGGGCACAUCUGUUACCUCUCUACAGAAUAGUCAAGAGAGUUUCUGUAACUGCAGCAGUGGUGGUGAGGGGAUUGAGUAUCCGGACGAGUGUGAUCAGAGCACAGGUCAGUGCUCGUGUAUCUCUGGCUACAGCGGCCUGCAGUGUGAGGACUGCGAGGAGGGAUACUUCACUAACGGUACCAGCGGCUGUCUGCCCUGUGCCUGUGACUCCUUCGGUGCGGUGGAUCACCUCUGCGACAGCUCAGGGACAUGCGUGUGCAAGACAGGAGUGUACGGGCCCAAAUGUGAUGAGUGCCACCCGGGUUUCUUCCACUUCAGCAGCACUGGCUGCCGGCCCUGCCAGUGUCACAACCACACCAACUACUGCCACCCACAGUCCGGAGUGUGUCUGAACUGCGAGGGCAACGUCCAGGGAUCCAACUGCGAGGAGUGCAAGCCCGGUUUCUACCGUGGCCCCGGGGCCCCCCUGAUCCAAGCCUGCGCUCCUUGUCCCUGCUCCAACUCCACCUCUACCGGCACCUGUCUCACCGAUUCCAGUGGCUCUCCAGUGUGUGACCAGUGCCUUCCCCGCUAUGCCGGUGCACAAUGUGACCAGUGCAGCGCCGGCUUCUACAAAGAGUCCGGGGCCUGCGUUCCAUGCGACUGCAACGGGAACGCAGACCCCGUGGGCCCCCCCCAGCUCUGUCACCCCGACACCGGCCACUGCCUCCGCUGCAUCAAUAACACCGCUGGGCCCCAGUGCCAGCUCUGUGCUCCAGGAUUCACAGGGGACGCCCGAGCACAUAACUGCACCCGUCUGACACCCCGGAUCAUUCCCACACCAGCAAGUGCAACCACAAAAGCCGCCCCAACAUCGAGCACAUCUUCCCCCACCAUCAGCACCACCCUGACCUCCGUCCCAGCCUCCACAUCCAGCAGCAACACGAGUGCCGUGCUGAGCACCGCCGCCACCACCACCCAGGCCCUGCUGACCAGCCUGAGCAGCCCCACCGACAACACGACGGCAGCCCUGACAGAAGUCUCCUGGACGCAGUUCAACAUCAUCAUCCUGGCCGUCAUCAUCCUGGUGGUGGUGGUGCUGCUGGGCUUCGUCGGAGGCGUGUACACGUACAGGGAGUACCAGAACCGAAAGCUCAACGCCCCCUUCUGGACCAUCGAACUGAAAGAGGACAACAUCAGCUUCAGCAGCUACCACGACAGCAUUCCCAACGCUGACGUGUCGGGCCUGCUGGAGGACGAGGCCAACGAGGUGGCACCCAACGGCCAGCUGGCACUUACCACGCAGGGCAACUGCUACAAGGCUUAGCGUUCCAUCCAUCCACCCCCCCCUCACCCCCUCCCCCACCCUCCAGACUGGACACCUAGAUUUACAGAUGACACAAAGCUGCUGGAAAGUACCAAAAUCCAAAGCUCCUCCAUGUAUGACUGCUUGUCGUUACCCUGCUCGUCUGCGGCACAUCACAACACUUUGCAAACUGACAGUGAGAUCAAGCAGAUGUGAUCAAAAAUACGGAAAAAGAGACGCAGACUUUCCACAUUGAAACGUUUUUUCCCUUUUUGAUAUGAUUUUGUGGGGAAUGGGCGAUCAGUGUAAAAGGGUCCAAAGAAAAAAAAAGUGUUUUGUUUGAGUUGUGCCUGCAGAGGGCGAUAUUGUGCAGAUUUGUUAGGUGAUUGGCAUGUUGUUAGACAGGUGCCAAGCAUUCAUCUGUUUACUGAAACAAUGAUCCUAACAACUGGUUAGAGGGCUUGCAGGAGCCUAACAUUUCAUAUAUUUUUAAAAAUGGACUUUUGACUGUUUAAGUUAUAACCGGAUCACUCGUCCUGUGAUCUUCAACUGAGACAAUGAUUGUUAUUUAAUGAAUUUUUAUUCCGUUCUUAUUUAUUGGUUGACGUUUCAUUCUCGGAAGAAAUGCUGCACAUGUAUGACGUGUUUUUAUUCAUGGUGUUUUCUCUUACGUGCUGUUGAAUGGUAAUUUGAAUCAGACAAUACGUUUCCAUGUAUAGUUUGUAUGUGUUUUUUGAGAGAGUCGUACGGGAAAAUGAAGGCCGCUGGCACACACGUUUAUCUUUUGUUCAUAGCUUCUUGUCUUUUUUUUUCUUCCUCUUCUUCUUCUUCUUAAAGCGUGCCAGCUCACCUGAAGUAUCCAAGAGGAGCGUUUCUUUUAGAGGAACUACAACCACCAUUUCUAAACUCUCACUAGUCAGCACUUCUAUGAUGCUUGCGUAAACGGUCAUGAUUUACUGUCUAAUCUAUGUCAUAAAUCCAAUCUGCUCUUUGCUGCCUACCUCAGCAAAAUUUUAACAAACAGAAAAUGUCUCACAUCAUUGUAGAGGACGGGCUGUGUGACUCAUCCUUGGGAAGAUAAGACUGUUUGAUGUCUAAAACAUAAACAGUACGCUUAUAUUGAUACACAGCAUACUGGUUAUUAUCAUCGCCUACAGUCCAACUGCAUCAGCUAAAACAGGGAGUCGCUGUAAAAAUCGAUGCACUUCAAAGCCUCACACCUGGAUCCUGGACAUGGAUUCUAUGUUUUCUGUGUGCUGUUUAGGCUACCAUUGGUUUUGGGUGCGCUUCUUUUUACCAUGGCGAAUGAGUAAAGCUAAAUAUGGGACUAACUCCUCAGGUACUGGCUCUUUCCCUAAUGUGAUCACUGUAAAUAUGAUUAUUGUACAGAUGAAUGUGAAUAGUAGCACUAUUAUUGUACAGGUAGAAUACUGUGUGUACACUGUCACUCAAACAGAACCUCCCGAAACCUUUCACUCUACAGGUCGGGAUGUCGCGGUCGGCCUGCAGCUUUUCUUUUUUUUUUUGCUUAUUUUUGCUUUUGUAUUUUCGUUUUCUUAUUCUCAGCGGACUUCGCCAUAUACUCAGCUGCAGGAUUGAAACACCCCCCCACCCCCACCCCCACCUAACCCCUCCGAACUGUUGCGCUCAAAGAAUAAAAUGAUGUGAAUAAUACCCCGAAAUUCAAGAGCUCAACUCUCAAAUAAA